UGAGGAUCGAACUCUUUGGGAGGCCACAACUACCUACGUUGAGAUGAGCCCAUUCAUGUCAGCCCAUAAAAUUAAGAAGCCCAUCUUGCUUAUUCAUGGCGAAGAGGACAACAAUCCUGGAACCUUAACAAUGCAGUCCGAUCGAUUUUUCAAUGCUUUGAAAGGACAUGGUGCACUUUCUCGUCUGGUUAUUCUUCCCUUUGAGAGUCAUGGCUAUGCUGCACGUGAAAGCAUAAUGCAUGUUCUCUGGGAGACUGACAGGUGGCUGCAAACAUAUUGUGUAUUGAAUAGUAGUGUUGAUUCUAAUACUUGUACAGACAACAUUAAAGGUACAGAGGGUUCAGAAAGCAAAGUCGUCGAUGCAGCUGAAGGAGUCAGAGAGCUAGAAGAUCAACAAAAGAUUACACUUUAUUACUCCCAAAGAUCAUCCUUGUGAACCCAUUAAAGCCUGUUAUUAAUGGAGUUCCGAGGUUGGAUGUCAAUCGGCAGGAAUAAAAGCAGCAACCUUGAUUUCAGAUUGUGGUUCGGGUCCCUGCCCUAAGAUCUGUACUCCAAGGUCAAUUUAUUUAAUAUCGCUGGGCAUGAUUCUACCCCUACGGUAAUACUUUUAGUUGUGAAUCGUGUUCGGAGAGCGUACAAGCUCUUCAUUUUUCUGUAUUUGGUUUUGCCCUGCUGGGGCUUGGAGCUGGAGCUGGGGAGCAUUCAAGGUAUUCGUGUUGCGCAAUAGCAGCAAUUUAUUCAACACCCAAACAUCAGGAGGCCGCUCUUGUAAAUUGACAUUUCAUUCUGAGGCAAUCCACAGGAUUGGUGGUGUAAAAUGAAUAAGUGUAACUAACUGCCAUUCAUUUCUGACAACCAUUAUCAGAAAGUUUAUGCAUUUAAACCAUCCAUCGGUUAAUUA